AUGGCGACACCUCAACCGGAGAGUCUCAAAGAUCAACUCCGAUACCGUUUAUCACCAAAACAUACCAGAUCGUUGAUGACCGAACCAUCGACGACGGCGUUUCAUGAAACGAAACUGGAACAUCGUUCGUCGUUUGGAACCCUACCGUUUUCGCGAGGGAUUUGCUUCCUAAUUAUUUCAAGCACAAUAACUUCUCCAGCUUCGUUCGACAACUCAAUACAUAUGGAUUUAAAAAGGUUGUGCCAUAUCGGUGGGAAUUCUCUAACGAAUUCUUUCGAAGAGGCCAGGAAUAUCUUCUAUCCGAUAUUCAGCGACGAAAAAUCGUUUGAAAUCACAGUCGACAGCUACCAGUUCCGGUGUUACUGCGACAGUAGCAGUGUCGUAUCCGUUCCAACCGGUUUCAAUUCCGACAAUAAAGCCGAUCGUAUCAUCAUCAACUUCGAGAGAGGAGCAUGUGAUUUCUUCAGAUUAGUCGCUGUUUGA